GGAGUGUUGCUGUUUCUGUGGGCGCCACUGCUGAGCAGAGUGGCUUCCGUCGGCCGUGUGUGUGUGUGUGUGUGUGUGUCUGCGGCAUCAUCUACCUUGUCCCUCUCGCCUGGUGAUCUACAUGCGGGUACCUUGGACACUGUGCUCCCCCAGAGGUUGAGCAAAGUCACAUGAGCCCAACUGAGUGAGAGCCAUGAAGACGGGCUCUCAAAUCCGCCUGUUGCUCUGGAAGAACUGGACCCAGCGAAAAAGGCAGAAGAUUCGUUUCCUGGUGGAACUCUUGUGGCCCGUGUUGCUGUUCAUCGGCCUGGUGUGGUUGAGGAAGGCAAACCCACUCUACCAGCAGCAUGAAUGUCAUUUCCCCAACAAGGCCAUGCCAUCCGCUGGCGUGCUUCCUUGGAUCCAAGGCAUCUUCUGCAACGCCAACAACCCCUGCUUCCGACACCCCACCAGAGGAGAGUCUCCGGGAGUUGUCUCCAACUAUGAAAAUUCUUUAUUGUCACGCUUCUACACCGACAUCUUGGAGAUGUUCAGUGACACAGAGGUGCAUCAGCUGAGACUUCUGUGGCACGAAUUGGCCACAUUCUCCGAUUUCAUGGAUACGCUGCGCAACAACCCAGCUGUCAUGUCAGGUCACGGUCUGAAAAUCGAGGACAUCCUGAAGGAUGACGAGCUUCUGACAGCGUUCUUACUCCGAGAUGCCGAGCUCCCCGAGUCCGUCGUCUAUCAGCUAACCAACGCCAAGAUACGAAUAGAACAGUUUGCAUCAGGCGUCCCGGACCUUCAGCUGAAGGACAUUGCGUGCAGCCAGGCGCUGCUGGAGCGCUUCAUCAUCUUUCCGAGCCGCCACGGCCUCCACGGCGUCCGCAACGCCAUGUGCGCCCUUAGCCAGCCGCGGCUGCAGAAGAUCGAGGACGUGCUCUACGCCAACGUGGACUUCUUCAAGAUCUUCCGACUGUUGCCUGGCGUCAUGGACAGCGCGUCCGAGGGGCCGGACCUGCGGCGGUGGGGUCGCGUCCUCAGAGCGACGUCAGAGAAGAUCCGAGAGCUGAUGCAACGGGACAACUCCCGGGCGCUCAUCAAGGCGGUCACUUCUCUGUUUGGCGACGGCGGCCCUUCCGCUUUCUCGGAGCUGACCGCGUCCAUGUCCGGCCUCUUUUGCGGCUACCCAGAAGGCGGCGGCGCGCGUGUGCUUUCCUUCAACUGGUACGAGGACAACAACUACAAGGCGUUCCUGGGGGUCAACAGCAGCCGCGCCCGCGACAACUACGUGUAUGACCACGCGACCACCGCCUUCUGCAACGACCUGAUGCAGACGCUGGAGUCAAACCCGCUCACGAAACUGGUGUGGAAUUCUGUCAAGCCCCUGCUGAUGGGAAAGAUCCUGUAUACUCCCGACUCCCCUGCUGUCCGGAAGAUAUUAAAAAGCGCGAACACCACCUUCGAGGAGCUGGAGAGGCUGUACAAUUUGGCCAAGAUGUGGGAAGAAGUGGGACCUCAGCUGGAGGCUUUCUUCCAAAACAGCGUGCAGAUGAACAUGAUCAGAGACACGCUGGCAAACCCCACGGUGAUGAACUUUGUGGACAAGAGCCUGGAGGAUGCCAACGUAACUACCAAAGACAUCCUUAACUUCCUGUACAGUGGCCCGGAGAGGUGGCGAGAGGCUGGGAUGUCCAGAUUUGGCUGGAGGAACAUUUUUAACGUCACUGACCAACUUAUGCGCACCCUCAACCAGUAUGCGGAGUGUAUCAGCCUGGACAAGUUUGUGGCCUACACGGACGAAUCCCAGAUGAUCCACCAGGCCUUGCACCUGCUGGAGGAGAACAAGUUCUGGGCUGGCGUGGUAUUUAUUGACAUGUACCCCUGGACUACCAGUGUCCCGCUGCACGUCAAGUACAAGAUCCGCAUGGACAUUGACGCAGUGGAGCGCACAAACAAGGUCAAAGACAGGUACUGGGACCCGGGGCCCAGGGCAGACCCAGUGGAGGACCAGAGGUACAUCUGGGGUGGCUUUGCCUACCUGCAGGACAUGAUCGAACACGGCAUCAUUAAAGUGCACACGGGCCACGACUGGCCACUGGGGGUCUACGUACAGCAGAUGCCCUACCCCUGCUACGUGGACGACCACUUCAUGAUCACGCUGAACCGCUGCUUCCCGAUGUUCAUGGUGCUGGCAUGGAUCUACUCGGUGUCCAUGACAGUGAAGAGCAUCGUGUUGGAGAAGGAGCUGCGCCUCAAGGAGACCCUCAAGGCUAUGGGUGUGACCAACGGCGUCCUCUGGUGCACCUGGUUCAUCGACAGCUUUGCCACCAUGGCGGUCAGCACUGCGUUGCUCACCUCUAUCAUUGUGGGCGGCAAAGUGCUGAACUACAGUGACCCAUUGCUGGUGUACCUGUUCCUGCUGACGUUCACAGUGGCGACUAUCAUGCAGUGCUUCCUCAUGAGCGUCUUUUUCAGCAAGGCCAACCUGGCGGCAGCGUGCAGCGGUGUGCUCUACUUCACCCUCUACCUGCCACACGUGCUUUGCUUCGCUUGGCAGGACCGCCUCACGACCGAAAUGAAGAUGGCCGCCAGCCUGCUGUCUCCGGUGGCCUUUGGUUUUGGGACAGAGUACUUGUCGCGCUACGAGGAGCAGGGAGUGGGCCUGCAGUGGGACAACAUCCGGACCAGCCCGCUGGAGAAGGACACCUACUCAUUUCUCACCUCCGUCCUUAUGAUGGCACUGGAUGCCACGCUGUAUGUCGUCCUUGCCUGGUACCUGGACAACGUUUUUCCAGGUCAGUAUGGCAUUGGUCGGCCAUUCUACUUCCCCCUGCAGGCUUCCUACUGGUACAAACCUUCAUCUGCACCUGCUACCAGAGAUGACCCAGUUGCUCCGGAAACGCAUGUAGCAGAAAAGGACCCUGAAAGUGGCGGCACCUGCAACGGCUCAGCCAGCAGGAACGCCUGCAAGCACCAAAGCAAACGGGAGCGCCUGGAGCGGGAGAAAGAGUGGCUGAGGCUCCACGAGGAGGAGGAAGAGGAGAAGAAGGGAGAGGAAGAGGGGCAAGAAGGCCUGCUUUUGUUUGAGCCUGAUCCAGUCAGCCUGGAGUUGGGGGUACGCAUCCAGGAGCUGGUUAAGAUAUUCCCCGGAGGCUCUCGUCCCGCCGUCAACCGCCUCAGCCUCAACUUCUACGAGGGUCAAAUCACCUCCUUCCUGGGACACAAUGGCGCUGGGAAGACAACCACCUUAUCCAUCCUGACCGGGCUCUUUCCGCCCACGUCCGGCUCCGCUUACAUCUAUGGAAAAGACAUCCGCACUGACAUGGACGCUGUGCGGUCCUCCUUGGGGAUGUGUCCUCAAUACAACAUUCUCUUCAAUCAUCUGACGGUGGAGGAGCACAUCCUGUUCUACUCGCUGUUGAAGGAUCGCACGCAGGCCGAGGCGCAGCAGGAGGUCGAAGACAUGCUGGUGCACGUGGGCUUACCUCACAAGCGAGACGACGAGGCGCAGAACCUCUCGGGCGGCAUGCAGAGGAAACUGUCGGUCGCCAUGGCGUUUGUUGGCGGCUCCAAAGUGGUCAUCCUGGACGAGCCCACUUCCGGCGUGGAUCCAUACUCCAGGAGGUCCAUUUGGGACCUCCUGUUGAAAUAUCGAUCCGGUCGCACGGUGAUCCUGUCCACGCACCACAUGGACGAAGCCGACCUGCUGAGUGACCGCGUGGCCAUCAUCUCCAAGGGACAGCUGCACUGCUGCGGCUCGCCGCUCUUCCUCAAGAACUGUUUCGGCGCCGGCUUCUACCUGACGCUGGUGCGCCGCGUGAAGGACCUCAAGAAGAAGGAGAAUGACUGCGACUGCGCCUCUGAUUGUUCCUGCACCUGCUCCAUCUGCACCGGACACAGGGAUCGGUCCCAGAACAUGUGCCAGAACGCAGAACGGGUCUUGGACGGGCACCUGGACAGCAUCAACGGGCUCAUCCGCCACCACGUCCCCGAGGCCAAGCUCCUCGAGGCCAUCGGUCAGGAGCUGACCUUUCUGCUGCCCAGUCGAGGCUUCAAGCACCGCGCCUACGCCAGCCUCUUCAGGGAGCUGGAGGAGACCCUGGCCGACAUGGGCCUCAGCAGCUUCGGCAUUUCCGACACAUCCCUGGAGGAGAUCUUCCUCAAGGUAACAGCAGACGGCGAGGCGUUAGCAACCAACGCCCCCAGCGCCGCUGCAGAAGAACGAAUGCUGCGGCGGAGAAAGAAUCAAGCCGGAGUAGAUGAAGAGCGCCACGAUGCCACGCAAGCUCACAGCGUCACGUCAGAGUGCAGCGCCGGAAAAGGCUCCAGGCAGGUGAAAGGAGCGUGGCUGAUCCUGAAACAGUUUCACGCGCUACUUGUCAAGAGGUUUCAUCACGCCAGCCGCAGCUGCAAAGACGCCGUGGCGCAGAUCGUCCUGCCUGCCAGCUUUGUCCUCAUAGCGCUCAUCUUCACCACCAUCGUUCCACCGUUUGGAGAGUACCCCAGCCUGACGUUGAGCCCCUGGAUGUACGGACCACAGGUCACCUUCGUCAGUAAUGAGCAACCUUCGGAUCCAACAAUGAGGCACUUCACGGAGCGCUUCCUGGGGCGGCCGGGUCUGGGAACGCGAUGCAUACAAGGGGAACCCCCGGGGAUGCCUUGCGGCGAGGAGCCGUCCGAGUGGCAUCGUCCCGAUGUCGACCCCGUUACGGCCAACGUUCUGCAGAGUCCCGAAUGGAACCCGAGGAACCCGUCGCCGUCCUGCCUGUGCAGCGGCAGUAGAAAGCUCACCAUGAUGCCCGUCUGUCCCGCCGGUGCCGGAGGACUCCCGCCCCUGCAACGGCUGGAAGCCACGGGGGACACCAUGAUGGAUCUGACCGAGCGCAACAUCUCUGACUUUCUGGUCAAAACCUACCCAAGUCUCAUUAGAACAAGUUUGAAGAGCAAGUACUGGGUCAACGAGCAAAGAUAUGGCGGCCUGUCCGUCGGAGGGCGGCUUCCCAUCCUGGACGUGGAGCCCGGACAGAUUGGAAACGUUUUGAGUCAACUGGGGCGAAUGCUCAACAUCACCGUGGGUCAACAUUCCAGAGCGGCACUGCGGGAGCUCGGCCCUUUCCUCCGCUACAUGGAGAGUGAAUUUAACAUAAAGGUGUGGUACAACAACAAAGGCUGGCAUGCCAUGGUGGCUUUCAUGAACGUCGCCAACAACGCCAUCCUGCGGGCGUUCCUCCCCACGAGUGCCAAGCCCGUCGAGUUUGGCAUCACCGCAAUCAACCACCCGCUAAAUCUCACCAAGGAGCAGCUUUCCGAGGUCACUGUAUUGACCACAUCCGUGAACGCGGUGGUGGCCAUCUGCGUCAUCUUCGCCAUGUCCUUCAUCCCAGCCAGCUUCGUCCUCUACCUCAUCCAGGAGCGUGCCAACAAAGCCAAGCAUCUGCAGUUUGUCAGUGGCGUUAGCCCUUUCAUCUACUGGCUGUCCAACUUCUUCUGGGACAUGGUAAACUACUUUGUCAGCGCUGCCAUGGUGGUCGCCAUCUUCGUAGCAUUUGACAAAAAGUGUUACACAUCCCCGACCAACCUGCCUGCCCUUGUCGCGCUGCUCCUGCUCUAUGGGUGGUCCGUCACCCCUAUGAUGUACCCCAUGUCGUACCUGUUCGACGUCCCGAGCACCGCCUACGUGUCGCUGUCGUGCAUCAACCUGUUCAUCGGCAUCAACAGCAGCGCCGUCACUUUCAUCCUGGAACUCUUCGAGAACAACCGGUCAUUGCUGAUGUUCAAUCAGUGGCUGAAGAAAGGCCUGCUGGUCUUUCCUCACUUCUGUCUGGGCCGCGGUCUCAUCGACAUGGCCAUGAACCAGGCGGUCACCGACGUCUACGCCCGCUUCGGUGAGGAGCACUCCAACAACCCCUUCCGAUGGGACUUUGUCGGGCGGAACGUUUGCUUUAUGGCCAUGGAAGGUUUCAUCUACUUUGCUCUCAAUCUCCUCAUCCAGUACCGCUUCUUCUUGGACCACCGGCUAUCGGAUGCCAAGCGUAGCCCGGCGACAGACGAGGACGACGAUGUGGCAUGCGAGCGGCGAAGAAUCUACGAAGGCGGCAGCAAGUCGGACAUCCUGCACAUCCAAGAUCUCACCAAGACUUACGUGGGGAGCAAGAGGGCGGCUGUUGACGGGAUCUGCGUGGGUGUGCCUGCCGGAGAAUGUUUUGGACUUUUAGGCAUCAACGGCGCCGGGAAGACGAGCACCUUCAAAAUGUUGACGGGCGACACAGACGUCAGCUCGGGGGAUGCGAGCGUGGUUGGUUACAGCAUCCUGAAGGAGAUUCUGGACGUCCACCAGAACAUGGGCUACUGCCCGCAGUUCGACGCCAUUGACGAGUUGCUGACCGGUAGGGAGCACCUUGACCUGUACGCUCGCCUCAGGGGGGUGCCCGAGGACGAGAUCCCCAGGGUGGCCGAGUGGGGGAUUGAGAAGUUGGGCUUGUCGGAGUACGCCGGCCGCUGCGCCGGCACCUACAGCGGCGGCAACAAGCGCAAACUCUCCACCGCCAUCGCCAUGAUCGGUUGCCCGGCGUUAGUCCUUUUGGAUGAGCCCACCACGGGGAUGGACCCUCAUUCCCGCCGUUUCCUGUGGAACGCCAUCCUGAGCGUCAUCCGGGACGGCCGGGCUGUCGUGUUGACGUCGCACAGCAUGGAGGAGUGCGAGGCCCUGUGCACGCGACUCGCCAUCAUGGUCAACGGCACCUUCAAAUGUCUGGGAACCAUCCAGCACCUCAAAUACAAAUUCGGCGACGGCUACGUGCUGACCAUGAAGCUGAAGGCGUCCAAAGCGGGGGCGCCUCCCGACCUGGAGCUCGUGGAGACCUUCAUGGAGAGCAGCUUCCCGGCGUGCGUGCGGCGCGAGAAACAUUACAACACACUACAGUACCACAUCGCGUCAUCCUCGCUAGCCAGGAUCUUCCAGCUGGUCGUUUCCAACAAGGAGCGACUCGGCAUCCAGGACUACUCCGUCUCGCAGACCACGCUAGACCAGGUGUUUGUCAACUUUGCCAAGCAGCAGACGGCGGAGGAUGUCGUGGUCACGUCGCAGCGGCGUGGCGUGGACCGACGCAAGGAUGUCAAAAUCGCACCUGUGAAGAGGAAAACCUGAUAUGUGCUCAUUAACAGUUAACAUACUGUAUAUAUACGCAUGUGUAUAUGAAUGUGUACAUACUAGAUGGCAAAUGAAUACUGAAGCCCCCGCAGGCUGUGCAGAGGCUGUUUUUUUUUUAAAAGGAUGUUUGCAUAAAUGCAUAAAUGCACACCACAUUUCUAUGAACUGUAUAUGACAUGUACAAAUGUAAGUGCAAUGCUGUCUGUGUGAUUUGAUAUGUAAUUAUUUCAUGCUAUAUUCAUCUUGAGGAAGCAGUAUAGACAAAGUGCGGAUAACAUUCGAGUAUUAUAUUCACCACAAAUAAAAGGAGAGUGGCUUGUAAAUUUCCCCAGUGUGGGACAAAUAAAGGAUAUCUUGUCAUUGUUUAA